CCAGCCCCCACCCCCCACCGGACAAACCCUAGCCUCACAUCCCGCACUCCUCCCUCCUCCUCCUUCCUCGUUAGCCGGUGCCGCCGUUCUGCCUCCCUCCUCUCUGUCCUACAACCAUGCCGCCGGGAGGAAGCCGCCGUCCGUGGCGCCAUACCCCUGUCGAGGUGCUGCGCAUGCUUCGUUCCCCACAGCCCCUCCCUCAUCCUCGGUCGUCACCGCCGUUGCCUGCUACUCCCCUCCACCACCGUUGCUGCUUAUGGGUCGGAUCUGGCGUUGGUGGGUCGGAGCUCGAGCUAGAGGCCGAGAUGGGGAAGGUCAAAAAAGGAGACCGGAUGGAGGUGCUCGAGGCCGAGGAAGCUGGAGAUGCAUGGGGCAACGCUCCAGUCGUGAUGUGGUGGAGCUGCGCAGGAGGGGGAGGAGGCUGGCGACAGGGAACUGGGCCAGGGAGGAGGCAAGAUAUUAAUUUCCUUUCAUGGGAGGCCUUCAUUACAUUUCAGCAGCGGUUGCGGAUGUGGUCGGCGGUUGAGGGAGGGUCACCGACUAGAGCAGCAGGAGCAAGGAGCUCGAGGAGGUUCAGGUUUGCCUAUACAUCCUCUCUCUUUCCUCCACUUUGUCUCAUGCAUGAGGGUGUUGGCUGCAGGGGCGCCGAGAAGAAUGGAAGGCAGAGCUCUGUGAGGGCAGGACUGCAGGAGCUGACGAUGGUCAUGGUUUGCCUCUACUACAUCGUCUGCCAAAGACCGAUCCAGAAGAUAUGGUUCUUGAUUAUCUAUAGCCUUCCAUGCUGGGCUUCUCUCUGAUAAACAAAGGAGAUGAUAUUGCAAUAUGCUAACCAGAUUGAUAGCCAGACGCUUGCGGCAGCCGCACAACACGUGAGGUCCAGCCGCAAUAGCUCUUCCCCAAGGUAUCUUGCCCCCUCAUGCCCUCAUUUCUUCCUCUCGCUUCUCACAUGUAUACAUGCCCAAUAAACGUUGUACUGAUGUAGUCCAUCGAAUGUAGAGAACUAAUGGUCAAUUAAUUCUCUCACUCAUCAAUUUACAAACUCAGGAUUUUCUUUCACAUGGGGCUUGGCAUGUUUACGUUCAAUUGUGUGGAUUUUGGUGUAUUGUGUGAUUGUUCCCUGAUUUUUUUGAAGGGUCUGGCUAAGGCACGGUUCUAGCAACAACUAGACAACGACCAACCUGAGUUGAUAGGUUACAGAUGGAAGUUCUUUUUCUUUUUUGAGAUAUAUGCCUACGGUUUCAACUUACUGUGGUAGAUAGUUUUAACAUUAUUUGUGCAGACAAAAUGUGUAUAUCUCAUUUUACAUUGCAACCAGAUUAAAACAAUCCUAUGUAUACUAUAUAAACAUAGAGAAUUAUAUCCACAUCAUGCCUAACAGUCUAUUGUUUCUUUCUGCUUAAAUGAUUGACAUCCAAAGAAGCAAUACAGUCACAUUACUACACUCCAUGGAUCCUUCUCUAUAUCUCAAUAUAAGCACUCUUAUCCAGCUAGGAUUUGUGUUUUUUCACUUUCUAAAAUGGAAAGGAAAAAAUCUGUCUAUUGAUUGUUUUGAAGAUAUUGUUCUUAGUCAUUUUAAAUUGUUGAAUCCUAUACCUAUUGGUUAUAAAUACCUCCACGGAAUAUUUAGGGAUUGAACAAACAAGUAAGUGGAAGAUCCUUUAUAUUUGGAGAUUCGUAGAUCUAUAUUGUCUGUACAAUCAAUCCUCUGCUUUUUCUUAUGCGAGUAAACUCAAUGAAAUGUCUACUAUUGGUGCCAGAUUAAAUUGUCUUUUGCUGCUAGCUUAUACGACAUCUGUUCCCAACUUCUCUCUAAAAGUGUCUUAGUUUGUUGAGAAAAUUUGCCACUUGCUUUUUUUAUUUGCUUUAUAGUAUCCCAAUCUAAAUAGUAUUACUACCGAGAGAAAUAGAACUAUUUUCAUUUCAAUUGUUCAAGACCAUCUAAUUUUUAUUAGAAGGAAUUUUGUAGAUAGGAAAUCUGAUGCUUGGCGGUCUCUGCAAUGCUGUUUAGUCACUGCAGGUACUAAAGAUAAAUGGUUGCUUUUUGAGAUGGCAAAUUCACAAUCUAUUCUGCCUUGGUGUCAAUAAAGGUAAAUUUGGUCCACCAUAUCUUAUGAACAAUGGAAUUUGUCAAUCUGAAGGUGUGCAUCAUUACUAUUCUUGCUUUAUGGUUGCCUUCCGAGUGCACUUUUAUUAGUUUUAACAUAUUAAUUUUAAUAUGCUUGAUUGACCAUAUUAUAUAUUUCACUUCACCGGGGUGGUUGGUGGAAGUGUUGGUUAAAAUAUUUUAUACAGUUGAAUAUUCUUGAUUCACUAUUUUGUAGCCUGCUCUUAGUUGUAUAGUAUUAAUUCUUAAAACUUAAUCACUUAAAAUUAGUUAAUUUAAUGAGUUGUUUCACUAUUUUCAAAUAAGUAGUUUCAGCCCACACUAUGUCCUAAAACUUAUUCUUACUGCCUUUUAUGACUUAAAUGUAACCAUUGGCAUAUAAUCUCAUGUCUUAAAAUCUUAGUUGAGAAUGUAUUAAAAGUUAUAAGAUCUGGAGUUUCCACUAUAUUUCAUCUAGCGGUACUCCCAGUAAUUGAUUAUUAAGAGCACAAACGAUCAUAGGAUGUACAUUCAGUUACUGGAAAAUGCUUUUAUCUUGCAGGCCAGUUUUACAUUUACUUUUUCAAUAAUGAGAUGACUAUGAACAAAGUAUCAAGUUUUUUGUCUUGGCAUUACUGCCGCCGUGUACGGAUGGUUAUUGAAAGAAAAAGGAUUCAAGCGGCAUACCUUCACUUGAUAUAUGCUUUAACCGCAAGAACUGUUGUUAUUUUCUUUUCCUUUCCUGCAAUGAUGGUAGUUCGCCUUUGAUUCUAGAAGUCGCAAAGGAGUGAAGGAUAGAGAUUUCCAUUGUCGUUGAAUUGGUGGGAUUGUCACCAAGUUAGUGUUGCAGAUUGUUUCUAUUUUAGAGCAAGAAGCCAAAUCGUUGUUCAUUGUAAAUGUUGAAAAACUUGUAUACUGUCACUUCUAUAUCUAUUAUAAACUUUCGUUCCUGGUGUGGUA